AAUGGGCAGAAGCAGAACCUUGUUAGGAGUGAAAGGAGCCAACUUUUUGUCUCCCUCACAACCCCCACCAUAUUGCUUGCGCCUCCCAACGUUGUUGGAUCUGAAGAUUCCAACGUAAAAGACAGCGUCAGCCCCAGUGUACUCCUCAUCAUCAUCAUCCUCGCCAUCGUCUUCUUCCUCUCUGGUUUGCUCCACCUUCUUGUUCGGUAUCUAUGGAGGCCCCAGACCAGAGACCCGGACGAUCCGGACGACGUUACUGUUCUUCAGGGACAGCUUCAGCAACUGUUCCACCUCCACGAUUCCGGGGUCGACCAAUCCUUCAUUGACACCCUCCCUGUCUUCCUCUACAAGGCCAUCAUCGGACUCAAGAACCCUUUCGAUUGCGCCAUUUGUUUGUCCGAAUUCGAGCCGGAGGACAAGCUCCGAUUGUUGCCCAAAUGCAGCCACGCGUUCCAUAUGGAGUGUAUCGACACGUGGCUCUUGUCUCACUCGACCUGCCCUAUCUGUCGAGCCUGCUUGCUCAAUGACUUCUCCUCUGGCAACACAUGUUCCCCCAUUGUUCUGGUCCUUGAAUCUGGGAGUGACAACUCCUCCAGAGAGAUUGCCCCAGAAACCGACGAAAUCGGAUCCAGGUCGACCCGCUUGGACUCGAAUCACGAUUCGGGUGAAGUGGUCACCGUGAAGCUGGGAAAGAUCAGGAACGUCGAUGAUAACAAUGGUGAAGGUAGUAGCACGGACAAUAACGCAGAUGCAAGAAGGUGUUUCUCUAUGGGGUCGUUUGCUUAUGUGAUGGACGAGAGUUGUUCGCUUCAGGUACCCAUUAGAGCACGAAUCAAGAAGAGGCAUGUUUUGCGUUUCACUCCAGGUCACAGACUUGCAAUGUCAGAGUGUGACUUAGAAUCCAGAAGGGAUUUCAGAUUCUCUAGUUUAGAUGGGAACAGAGUUGAAGAAACUGCGAAUCCAAGAUCCGGGGCUAUUACCAGAAAAGAGAGCUUCUCGGUGUCGAAGAUUUGGCUCCGGGAGAAGAAACGGAAGAGGAAUGGGAUUGAGGAUUCGUCGAGGAGGGCCAUGUCGUUCCGGUUUCCGUUGCAGAGAAACGACGACGACGACGACGCUUUGAAGGAGAAGAAUGGGAAAUUAGAAUCGAGAAGCACGAUUUCUGAGAUGGAUAUCACAAAAUGGGAAAAUGGAGGAGGAGGGAGUGAAUUUGGAUAUGAUGAUGAAAACCAGAGCUGUUACAGUGUAGAUUCGCAGGCGAUUAGAGCUCCUUCUUUUGCAAGAAGAACUCUGCUUUGGCUCACCGGAAGACAGGGCAAGGUUGUUCAUUCAUCCCCUGCUUCCGGCGAGUUGUAGUUAGUUUUUCUGUAAAACAUUUGAACCAUUUUUUGGGUCCCCGGUUCUAAAAUAUUCAGUCUAGAUGAAUGGUUAAAGUAGUGGAUCAGGCAAAAGAGGUAUAUGAAUUCUGGGAUUUCAAAUCCAACACCUCUGUUUCUGUUUCAUUGAGAAUGUUACGCCUUGUAUCGUU